CAUUGGUUGAAUGUUAGAUGCAUAGACAGAUUCAGUCUGAUUGCAUCAGGAACAAGGGUAUUUCUGUAAGACCAACCUCCAUAUUUGGAUAGAUAGGAAUACCAAACUCAUUCAUGACAGGGAAAAAAAAAAAGAUGAAGUUUUUAGGCGGAGAGAGAAAGAAAGAUAUGAAUUGAUAGACGCACAUACAAAUACACCCAUCAGGAAAGACAACAAGUCUUCUCUAAAAACAUAUGAAAUACACAAACAGAUGAAAUUCUUUGGUGUUUUUCUUAAUAAUCUUCUCGUGUUGUCUAUAGAAAUGACGAUGGCCCAAAAUUUAUUAUGUUACAAAGAAAAAAAAUAAACAAACAGGAAACAAAGCAAAGAUGUUAUCUUUCCAACCAAACCCUAUGAAUAUGAUACUACUAGUAGUAGUAGGAGGAGGAAGAGCAAUAUCUCACAAAUACCCUUCUGUAACCUCCCAAAAAUUACUUUCUUUCUUCUCUCUUCAUAUCAAAGUUUCUUCUUUUCAACCCACCACAUCAUUAUUUAUUCUUCUUCUUCUUGUCUUUCCUUUUUUUCUUUUUUCAUAUCUUCGUUCUUCUCAUCUGUGAGAUCUCUGGGGUUUCUUUUGUUCAUCUGUUGUUGAGAUGUGGAAGAGGAAGAUGAAAGGGGUUUCUGUUGAAUCAUCUUCAUCUCCUUUUUCUUAUGACGAAGAAUCAAGAAAUAUGUUUAAUAAACAUCAGAGUUUGAUUCAAGAUUUCAAUGAAUUGCAAAAGGAAACUGAUGCCAUGAAGAAGAAAUUGCAUAAAGAUAAGCAGAGGAAACUAACCCUUUUGGCUGAAGUUCGUUUCUUGAGGCGAAGAUACAAAUUCUUAAUGAGAAGUCAGUCUCCAAACACACCUAGGAUAGACAGAGAUCUAAUACGAUCACAAGCUCCUGUGAGUCAUAAGGAAUCUUACCGGAUGCCCAAGCCUUCUCCAGUAUUGGAUUUGAAUCAGAUUUCGAAUGGGGAAGAUGAUGUUGGGGAUUAUCAUGUCAGUCAUCGUCUGGAACCUCCUAUGAGAAUGGAGAAAAAGCCUAAGAGGAGUUAUUCAGGACUCAGAGUAGAACAGCAACAGCAACAUCCUAGUGAUGCAAACAUGUUGGUUUGUAGGGAGGUAAUGAACGGGUCGAGUCGGCCUGGUAAGAGAAAAAUUUCGUGGCAAGAUCAAGUGGCAUUGAAGGUUUAACCUCUUUGAAGAAGUAAAAAUCUUCAAUCCCCUCUCUUUUUUGGGAAGAUCAAUACAUACCCCCUUUCUGAUCUUCUUAUGCUUUGAUUUUACAGUUUAUAUAGUGUUGUCUAUGCAUAAUAUCUCUAAAUGUUUCUGUUCUUAUUUUGUAAAGGAAAACAACGUUAUACUUUUACAAACUCUUUUGGAGUAUAGAUUAAGUUUGAGCAAGAAAACAAUAUGGCGACUGAAAAUAUCAUAUAUAGUCGGAGAAACUUUCAUAUAGGUUCCUGAUUUCUCUAGUAUUGAGUCAAUUGGUAUUUUCUCUUUCUUUCGGUGAA